AUUCUUCUUUAGCUCAUACUGCUUCCCAUUCAAUAUUUAGUUGUUCCUGAGACCUUUUGAAGCACCAGUCCCUUCAUUAAAAUUUGAUUCGUUUGAUUCUCUAUGAAGUGGUUUCUGAUGGUUAUUGAUUUGAAAAAACCAGUCGUUCUUGGGGUCACAUUGCAAUUUUUGACAAGUUUCCUGCUUUUUAGGAUUUGCUUUUCGAAUAAUGUUCCUGCAUCUUUUGUGUUUGGGGACUCUUUGCUCGAUCCGGGUAACAACAACUACAUUGCUUCACUCUCCAGGGCAAACUACGUCCCCAAUGGAAUUGAUUUUGGAUGGCCCUCAGGACGUUUCACAAAUGGAAGAACCAUAGUGGACAUCUUAGGCCAUCAAUUGGGUCUUGAUUUCACCCCUCCUUACUUGGCUCCAAGUACAAGAGGAUCAGUGAUUCUUAAGGGAGUAAAUUAUGCUUCCGGUGGAGGUGGGAUUUUGAAUCACACUGGAAAAAUUUUUGGCGGUCGAAUCAACAUGGAUGCUCAAUUAGAUAACUUUGCAAACACUAGGCAAGACAUUAUAUCCAUGAUUGGCGUUUCUGCAGCUCAAAAUCUUUUCAGAAAUUCUAUCUUUUCAGUAGCCAUGGGCUCAAAUGAUUUCAUCAACAACUAUUUAACACCUGUGUUAUCAAUUCCCGAAAGGAAGCUGGUGUCUCCAGAAAUGUUUGUCUCCUCCAUGACAUCAAACUUCAGACGACAGCUCACUCGGCUAUUCAAUCUGGGAGCCAGAAAAGUUGUUGUGGCAAAUGUUGGGCCUAUUGGGUGCAUUCCAUUUGAAAGGGAUGCAAACCCAGAUGCUGGAGAUAAUUGUGUCGCUUUCCCCAAUCAGAUGGCUCAGUUAUUUAACACCCAAUUGAAGAGCCUCGUUGCAGAACUCAACAUGAACUUGAAAGGGUCAUUAUUUGUUUAUGCAGAUGUUUACCACAUUUUAGAAGACAUUCUGCAGAACUACAGAGCAUAUGGUUUUGAGAAUCCAGAUUCGUCAUGCUGUCACAUUGCCGGAAGAUUUGGAGGCUUAAUCCCUUGCUUUCCUAAAUCAAAAGUGUGCGAUGAUCGUUCCAAGUAUGUGUUCUGGGACGCUUUCCAUCCUUCUGAUGCUGCCAACACCGUCAUAGCAAAACGUCUGUUAGAUGGUGAUGCUAAUGACAUGUCGCCCAUGAAUGUCCGGAAACUCAUUGAAGUUUGAUUUAUUUUGGCCUUUAUUGAAUUGAUUGAUUGAAUAUUUUGAGCAAGAUGGCAUAUUAUAUUUGGUAUCAAAGCUAAUAGGAAAAACAGAUAUCUGGGGCAUAUUGUUGUCUUCAAUUCAAUUUCUUCGCAUAUUGGAUAUGAUGCUAAAGAACAUUUUUCGGUAUUAAAAUACCU